UCUCAGUCUUCCCGUCAUCUGUCCGUCUGUCCGUCUCCCAGCCUGCAGGUCGAAGGCGUUCAUCCUUUGCUAUCUUUAGCAUCAACAAUUCCACCCUUCAACCAGCCCUUGACGCUUGACGACACACCCGCCAUCCCACUCCCAGUUAACUUAGUUGUCAGUCGUGAAGUCGUGAACUGCGUGCCCUGCAGAGCCUCACCACCCGUGCCUUGCUUGCGACCGUUGUCCGUUCUCCUUCUGCCGCUUUUCACCACUCAUUCUCCAUUCCAAUUCCCAUCAUCUGCCAUCCAAGUGGGUCAGCGGAUUGCUUCUCGUCAUUCACUUCUGCAUUUUGGCGACAGCGCAUUCGGCCAACGGUUCUUCAUCGCGUUGGCUGUCCGUUGCGCGCUUGUCCCCGUCGAACUCGACCCUGUUUGCAUGCGUAUGACCACGACGAGCCAUGGGUAGACGGAAAAUCGAGAUCAAGGCGAUCAAGGAUGAUCGGAAUCGCUCUGUGACGUUCUUGAAACGAAAAGGCGGGUUAUUCAAAAAGGCACACGAACUGUCCGUAUUAUGCUCCGUCGACGUCGCAGUCAUCAUCUUUGGCCACAACAAGAAGCUCUAUGAAUUUUCAUCCGGCGACAUCAACGAGACGUUGGGAAGAUACCAAUAUGUUCGCUCGCAAUUCGGCGGUGCUCACGAGCACAAGGGACCGGAAGAUUUCAUGGGAAAGAAGGACAUGGACGACGAAGAAGAAGACGACGAAGGUCCUCCAUCAAUCCGGGAUUCGCAUACUCCUCCCGACCAUCCCAUGAUGCGCCAUCAUCUCCAAGCACCGGCUUUCCAACAUAUCAAUCAACACCACGCACCGUCACAGUCGCCGCCGAUGCACAACGGUAUGGGUUUCCGUGGACCGUCCCCUCAACCGCCAACGUCAAGACCCGGGUCGAGGACACACGUCCGAAGGACCAGCUCAAAUCUAGCUCCACCCCAUGCUCAAGCGUCCGGACCUCCUCCUCAGCAGAGCUAUGCAUAUAUGCCCAAUCCGCCCAUUUACAACCCCCAAGCGGCAGCCGCGGCAGGCAUGCCGGUCCGACCACCAAGCGGACCGCCGCCUCAACAUGGAGUUUCCUACCCCCCGCAGUAUCAACAGACCUACCCUCCACCGAAUCCCCAUCUCCAACAGGCGAUUGCACAGGAACAUCGACGACAAUCGAUGCCAGCAUCCGUACCCGCGCAAGAUCAACGACAGGGCCCGCCGCAGUCGCAGCAACGACUCCAACCUCCCCAACCGCCACCGCACCGUUCACCGCAACCCGAGCAGCAAAACUUCCAAAGCCCCCCGAUGCCGCAGCCGAAACCGCUUCCUUCGUCCGCACGAAACAGCAUCUUCACCCCCAUCGACGACAAGCGGUCCUUACUAGCGCAACACUGGGGCGAGCCCUCCCGCCACGACCCCGGCGCCAAACCCGACGGCCGCUCCACCUCCAUCGACGUCUCCUCCAUCAACCGCGACCUCUCCAGCGCACCCCCUCCCCGCACCAGCUCCAUCACUUCUGUCCCCACCCUCAACCCCUCCAGCCGCACCAACAGCCUCCAAACCGACCUCAAGCGCCCCCGCCUUCGCGUCGAGAUCCCUUCCGAACACUCCGACAGCGACCCAGGCUCCUCCGCCUCCCCCAAGGACCCUACCACCGCCCUCCGCACUCCCGUCCGCGGACCCGGCGAAUCCGGCGUCGUCCUCCCCCCGCCCUCCCCCUCUGCUAGCGCCCUCCUCAGCGCUGGCGCCGCCGGGCCGCCUAACCCCUUCGCACGUCCGCCCCCACCCAACUCCACCGCCAAUAACAACAACAACAACAACAACAACAACAACGGCAACCCCGCCGCCUACCGCGCUGGCAGCGACAUGGAGACCCCUAUCUCCGCGCUGCCGAGCCGGUUCGUCUCCGAUCAGCUGCUGCCGUCGCCGUCGAGCUUCUAUCCCGAGUGGGGGUUCGGGCGAGAGCCGAACAUGUUGCCGAGCCCGUUGGCGUUCCCGACCCCGGUGGGACAAGGGGGCGGCGGGUUUCGGGGGGAAGAGGGGGAGGCGGAGCGGGAGAGGAAGCGAAAGGGGGAGGAGGGGGAGGCCGGGGAUGUGAAGAGGACGCGGACGUGAGGGGCUGCUUUACCUAGCAUCCGCCCUCAUCUCCACACCCUUCUUUGUUGUUUUCGGAUCAUCGUUGCUCGUUCCUUCCUUUCGAGCGGAAAAUGUUAGGUGGUUUCAUCACGGUUUCAUCUUCGGCGACGAUUUUACUCUUUAUAAUUCCGGUAUUUACGGUUGGCGCAAUAUCUGGUUCGAAAAUGAUGGGUUCUAUGCUCUAUUCUAUCCACACGCUCCUUUUCUUUGAUCACGGAUACGGACACGGACAAGUGGUCAUUCAUGGUCGGGUAUUACGCGAUGGGAAUCAAUCGCGGCCCGAGAUAUCGGAGUUUGUGUAGAUUGGUGCGUUUUUUCUCGGACGGCCUUGGUAGUGUGAUAUCGGAUAACUACAAAAUGUUAAGAUGGUACUCUUC